GUUCACGAAUAUUAUCCGCAAUCCCUUUAAAAUGGGCUCGAAAUUGCAUUUAAACCCAAAAAACAUGUUAUAGAAUGUAUAAAACAAAUUAUUUAUAGCUAAAUUAUGUACGAAGCACGUUUAUAACGUUCGUUCCAUUGAAUGUUAAGAUAGAUAGUGUUUUUUUUAUGUUCACCGAUGUUUUUCGGACUUUAAGAUGUUACUGGCUGCGAUGAUGGCGCGCAGCUGAGUCCAGCCAGAGAGCUCCCGCACGCAACAUGCGCUGGAUAUUUCCAGUACCAGUUCUUCUGAUGUCCUGGUUCGGAGUGGAGGAAGUAAAGGCCAACUCCUGCAUCCGAACCGCAUUAUGGGCUCUUAGCCUCAGUCCCCUGGCUUCGGCCGAAUGUCAAACCCGCACGAUCUACUGCUACGAGUGCGACAGCUGGACAGACCCGCGCUGCAAGGACCCGUUCAACUACACGGCGCUGCCGCGAGACCAGCCACCUCUGCAGACCUGCAACGGUUGCUGCGUCAAGAUGGUCCGCUACUCUAAGAGCCCCUACGAAGUGGUCCGUCGCACCUGUACAUCGCAGCUCCAAAUCAACCUGUUCAUGGUGGACCAUGUUUGCAUGAUGGAAAGUACAGGCACUGGCCACAUGUGUUUCUGCGAGGAGGACAUGUGUAACGCGGGCGCCGGCGCGCGCGCGGCCGCCUGGUUGCUCGCGCUAGCCAUUGCAUGUGCAUGGAGGUGAAGCGUAGUGUUGGGCGAUGUCGAUUAGGCUGUUGGGUGCUCGAAUGGUUAUCGAUUAAAUCGUUAACUUCGCUAGCUUGGAGAUGGGAGAACACGGUAGCGUGAUAAAGUUUACUAGGCUGUCCUUUUCGCUUUGUAAGUGCGAUAGGGAUGCGCGCAAUAAGUUUUAUCACAUUAUUGUGCCCGGAGGUUGUAGCUAGAUAAUGUCGAAUUUGAAGGGUUCAAAGAUCAAGUAGUUUAAAGCUUUUGUUGAACCAGAGGUUCUGUCAAAAAACGGUUGUGAUGCUUUAUUUAAAACUUUUCAACGCGUUGGAAUACAAAUUGAUAAGUAACCGUAAUUUACAGUUUUUAAUGUCAUCGAGCUGUUCGGAAAGGUUAACGGUUACAACGAAAAUCAUUUAAAUAUGUAAACAUUCGAGAACCAAUACGCCCGGAUUUAUAAACAUCGAUAAAUAAAUGCAUUUUUUUUAAUUUCAUACAUGUUGAAAAUUAACAAACAGAUGUGUGAAAAUACACAUAAAAAUUUAGUAGGACAUGAUAUGAUAAAUUGCAUGUAUUUUUCGAUGUUACCAUGAAUUAAGAAGUUCAAAAACGCUGGCUUGUGAAAUAAAAAUCGACAUACCUAAUUAAAAAUGUGGGCCUAAAAAGAGAACUAUAUCUUGUAUAUUAAUCUUAUAAAAAUCGAUAAGUUUAAUAUGGAAGGUGUGGUACAAUUUUUGACUGCGAAAUUUGAACUGUUUUUAAACAGUUAUGAGAAUUGUGUUUAAAAGUGACAAAAAUGUUUUUUAUUUGACCAAACCAGUGUUCCAACAACGAUUGUUCGACUGAGCCCAAACUAGACUUUCGUCCAAUGUAGUGUAGCAGAGCUUUUUCACAUCACUAUGCGUCCUUCAGAACUUGUACCUGAUAUUUAUGUACUGAUGUGGAAAACCUCAAUCAUUCGCUCUCACGAUAACAUUUUGCUCUAACCUAGACGUAGUUACGACAAUUCCAAACGACUAGCUUGUAAAUAGUGCGGCACGGACGUGCAUAUCGAUAUUAUCGAUAAAGCUGACACACUCAAUGCUUUCUUAUUGGUCCAAAUUUCUUAGACCAAGUUGAAUUUGCUCAUAGAUGCACGUAAAAUAGAUGUGGGGCACUUUUAGAUAGAAAUUAAAUUGGUUAUAGACGAACUAGCUUGAACUGCCGAAACGUAAAGAAGUUUAAACAGGAUAGUUUUGUUUGAAUAUUUAAAAAAACAGUUGUACAACGAUUGGCAGUCUGAUUUGAUUAAGGCUCUUGCACUUUAAAAAAACUGGCAAUUUCUUUGACUUUUAAAGUUUGCAUUUUAGUUAAAUCAAACUGUUUUAUCUUGUAUUAUAAAAAAAGUGUUUUUGAUAAUCUGAAUACCACUCUAUUUUUAUAGUGCAACUGAGUCCUUACUUCUAUCUACUAAAAAUGUACCAUAAUGUAUCAAUAAACUAAAAUGAAAAGCUACGUCAUCUUAAGGUCUGCGUCUAAACUCUUGGAAUAGGUAGAUAAUUAAAUUGCUGCUAGAUUUUAUUCUAAAAAUGGUUGUGUUUGUCUUUUGUUUGUUUUAUAGUUAGUGUCAAAAUGAAAAGGGUUGAGGCGGGAUUUUGAUAAUAUAAGUAAUAAAGUAACUAAGGGAAGAGACCAUAUAAUGUCGAUCUGAACAGGUUACCUGUUUAUACUUUAAGUUACUCUUUUACCUAUAUCAGGGGUCUUCAAACUAUGACCCGGUCUGGUCUGUGGAAAAAUGACUGUUAGCUAAAAAGAAUUGACCACAAAAACUAAGAUUCGGUUUGGUUUUUUGGCGCAUUUUGUUCUGCCUAGGGUCAUGUUUGGAAACCCCUGACAAAGAUGGUACUUAUGCCUUUGUGUCAUAAAAAAUACGGUCACGAAAAGCAUUGUGGUUGAAACGACGAGUAGUGAUUUUAAAUUCGGAUACUAGUUAUUCCUUGGUGAUUAUAAAGGCAAUAGAUUGAACAAGUUAACGAAUUAUAGAUAUUUUAUUCCGCUUUCGUUUUGACGUUUCGUGUGACGGGCGUAGAUGUACGAUGCUAGUUGUAGAAGAUGAGAAACAAGGUGACCUCUUUAAUAAUAAAUAUAGUGCUAGAACUUGGCCGCGGCACUCCCGCGCGGCCUUAGCUUAACUAAUUUAGGAACAUAAACACCAAAUAAUUUUUAAUCGUUAAAUAGCUAAUAAAUAAUAAUAAUUUAGCGUUUGAUAAUGCGGCAAUGAUUUUUAGGUAGUUUUUAUUUUAAACAAAGCACUAAAUGUGCAUAGAAGUGAGAUAUUAAGUGCAUAAAAGUUAUUUCAUUGAAUUUUGAGGUCUCGUUGCUGGUUUGAAUUGUUUUUUUUUUAAUUCAAACUGAUGGCGAGAUUUUUCAAAGCACUGCUCUACAGUGAGAUAUUUGUGAAGAAUAGCUUUAUAAAACAGUAGUUCCUUUUAUGCAAAAUCGGAGCCACACUAGGUUAUAGGCAAUUUGAUUUACGCCAUAUCAUCAGUAGGUUAGUAAUCUGAUUAAGGAAUGCAAAUCCCGGAGAACCGGUUAUUCCGAAACCGGUUAAAAGUAAUUGCUUGAAAAGCUUUAAGCGAUUAUAUUAUAAGUUUCUGGCUUAAUUUCAUAAAUAAGACAACAAUAGAAAGUUAAAAAAAAACGUGUUACGCUUUAAUUAAAUUAAAGAAAAAAUCACUAGGCAAUUUAUUUCCAUUGCACAUGUAUAUAAACGCAAAGUAAUUCACGUCUCAAUAAACCGGUUUAUAACAAAGAAACCGAUUUACUAUUACGCGAAAAGGAUUUGCAUUCCUUAGUUUUAAUGUAAGUGCAAAGCAUAAUAUAAAGAGAUGAAUAUUGUAUGUAUAUUUAAAAAUAUAGUAUGACUAUAUCUAUUAAUAGUUUACAUAAUCUUCCUUGUUAACUCUAGUUCUUAAUGACGGUUUUGAAUUAAAUAGAUACCCUGAUUAUUUUAAAUUUCUAGCUUUAGAGUAAGUUCGGUCUGACAUGUCUCAAACCCAUCGCAUGUGUCACAAGGUAUACCCAGAAUGUUUAGGACUAGUAUAAUGAAAUUGGAUACGCCACAGCACAAUAAAAUGACUACUAUUUUAUAAAAAGGAGAAAAACAUUAAAAAAAAAACUAUUUUGAGUGAAAUACCACCAUCUUGUACGUACUGAUACCCAAUUAAUACGUUCACGAACGACUAGUGACAUCAUCUGUCAUAGACCAAAGGAAACAAAUGACUACGCGUAUGCUAUAGCAUAUGUGUCCACGAAUGUCUAUCACACCUUUGUUACUAUCGAAUCGACAUAAAGAACAUCGAUAUUUUUUGCGACAGUGGCAUUUUUGCAUCACUACAAUAAAUUGUGUUAUGGAACAUCCAAAUAGCCCACUCUUACAUCUUUAACCGUACAUCUGUUCAAGUCAUAUAUGUCAAUCCAGGUGAAUUCGGCAAUUUAAAGUGUUAUAUUUUUACGGAAGUUUCUGUAUACGAUCUAUUCUCUUUCUCUCAUGAAGCUUCGCCACUCGAGCAUUGCAAUAGUAUUUUAAUUCUGUCUCUUAUUGUCAGGUGCAUUUACAAUCUUAGUAAUAUUUGUACGUCGUAAUCCAGCAUACGACUAAGUACUUCCAAAAUCUUUAAAAUGCCGAACCAUCAACAAACUGUUAUGUCUAGGGUUGUAGCAUGUCACAGCACUGUAGCAGGCUUCCCACUGGCCCUGACACCUCUGAAUGCGAUUCUUUAAGAUAGCUGCCACUUGGCUGGGGCACUACCCUCCCUAUGGUUGACUUUUUCGAUUCCAUAUUUGAAUCAGAAUAAAUUCGAUCACGAGAUUUACUUUUUUGUUUUAAAAUCAGUCUUUGAAUAAGUUUUCCAUUCUUAAGUCUUAAAAAAUGUAUUUUUUGCAACAUGACAAUGGAAUAUCUCGUAACAUUGUUGUUUAAUGACUAAUCUCUUUUGAAAUUUAUUUUUAUUCUGCUUCUUAUAUUUUGGAAUAUUGUUAAAGUCCAUAGUGGCGUCAGCUAACUUAAACCUUAUAUUAAACUAGUAUAUAUGGAAGCUGAUGAUAAGACUAAGUAACGUUUUACCUAAAUCGCUUUAAUUUUAAUAAUUAGUAUUUACCUAUUAUAAGAAUGCGAUGUAGUGUUGGAAUAUAUUUUUUUAUUUAAAUUUAAUAACGUUCAAUAACAAAGCACUGGACUUAAAAUAUUCAAAAAAACACUUUUUAUAAAAGUGUGUUUUGAAAACAUAGAUCGUGAAAUAACUAGUGCUAUUGAAUAUAGAUAAAAACUAAUAAGAACUUGUGAAAAUUAAAAAAGUAUAUUUCAACACAUUUAUUUAUAAAUCUUCUUCCUUCACUUUAUUACGGCAUAUCACGCAUUAGACAAAUAGUUCGGACGGUACUCAUAGUCAAUUAGACCUCUAAGAUAACACAUGUUAACUUUAUUUAACAAUAAGCAUGUAUUUACAGACAAUAUGCACGAAAAAAUCCAACCUAAUGCUGUCAAAUUGUGUUAAUGGUAUUUUUUCUUGUAUAUUAUUGUGUAUCAUUUUAAAAUAACCAUUUUUUCAAGUAAUACCAUCUAUUUAUUAUGUUGCAAAAUAUAAAUAAUAAUAUUUUGGCUAAAAAAAGAAAGACAAUAUCGAUAAGAUUAUCGAUAAAAGGUAAAGCGUCACUACUUCAACCAUCUCGUUCGAAAAUAUUUUUCAACAUAUUAUGGAUGGAUUUUAGUUCUUUUUUCAAAAUUGGUUAACUCUUGCACUUCCUAACGCUACGCUUGCGCGACUAACCAAAAUCUGACCGCUCCAAGGCUGGAGUCUCACCACAGGGUUAUGAACAUUGAGACACCAACAAAUACUUAUGAUAUUUGCUUACCAAUGCUAAGAAGCAUAUGUAAGCUUGCCAAACAAAAAAUAACUUAAAUAAAAAAAAAAGAUUAGGAUAAAUGUCUCAAUCUCCAUACCGACAGAGGCUUCAGCCAACUCCAAACGCAAUGUGGCCUGUCUGUUUAAUUUUUCUCAUGUUAUUCUAUGGUUCAACAAUAAAUGUGCAGUAUACCUAAAUGUCCGGUUAUUCUAUAUUUACCAAUUACCACGUCUUCCGAAGAUAAACUAAUGUAUUUAUCUUUCUUAUGCCAAGAACAAUAUCAUAAGCUCUUAAAUAUCGACUCAAUUUGACUUAUGGCUAUCCAAAAAAAAAGGCGCUAAACGCUAUAAGGAUUUUUCAAUUGAAAUUUCAAUAAAAAAACGUCCUUAUGGCAUAUAAAUCCUAAGGGUUUCCCCAAACCUAUGGACGUGGAAUCGGCUUUAACAGACCAAUAAUCGCUCGUUAGUAUUAUGAAGACACGCGCCGUCGACGCGAAACGCAUGCGUAUAAUGUUCAUACAAACAUGCGAUUUUUGAUCGACGAACGCCAAUUCCGCGUCGAUAGGUUUAGGGGAGACUCUAAGGAGCCUUGUGUAGUGGAAACUGUGGAAAGCAACGUUUGGAUUUGACUAAAUUGGUAAAUAUUGGUAUAAACCAGCAGUGUGUCGAUGUUAAAUGUUUCUAAUUUCCUUUUUUUCUUCUAGAAUGAUCAAUGUGUCCGUUUUCGUUGUGAAAUUGUAUAUCUGUUGUAUCUAUUACAAAUUUAAAUGGAUGUUAAAAUUCAACUGAUUAGUUACGUCGCUUAUAAAAAAAAACUGCAUUAAUAAUUUUGUCGUUAAUACGUGCUUAAUGAAAAACAAAGUUAUAGGUGCAGUUGUUUGAGCUUCGAUACAAUAAAGAAAUGUAAGCUGGCGGUUUGGACGGAAAAAGCUUUUAUGCUGACAAUAAAUCAGUGCAGUAUUAUUUAAUCCAAUAUUAUCACAACCUACAUUGGCUUCAAACCUAAGGUAAAAAUGUUUUUGUCAAAUAUUGAGAAGUGCCAUAAUUAUAAAAAUAUUGUUAUA